AUGAAUAGGAAUGACCUCAGUACCUCCACACUCUCACAUGCUAUUGAAGAGGUCACCCUGAACCCAAAGUACAUGAAGAGCGCCAAACGAUUGUCGCAGAUGAUUGAACGUCAACCGAUUAGUCCCGUGCACCUCCUUGUGAAAUGGUCCGAAUUCGCAGCCGAAUUCAAAACGCUUGAAAAUCUCGAGCCAGCAGGAAACAGGCUGAAUUUCUUCCAGUAUCAUUCUUUGGAU